AUGUUCUCAUACUUGAAGCCGCACAGGCGCAAUCCCUCUUCGAACCCAGUCUCCCCCAUUUCGGACCGGCCGCACUCCUUUGAGCGCACUUCACAGCUGACCCCGGAACAACACUCGCAUCCUUACAUAUCUCGAAAACUGGAGGAUAACAGCACACCAGACGGGCCUCGCACACCGUCAGACAACCCUCCGUUUCUGCCUCCAAUUGCCCGCGUUUCUUCGCCCGAGAAGAAGCAGUCGGAGCCCAUUAGACCGAAUGGCGCAGCCAGACCGACUGAGCCGAAGAGCUUCGAGCAGGUGCCCAUGUCGCGCCUGUCGAAUGCAGGUCUAUAUUCAUCAGAACGGCCUCAAUACCCCCCUCAGAACAACUAUGGGCAGUCAGGCACCAGCCUGCGGCAGCCGUCAGGGCAGGGUCAAGGUGGCGGGCGAUUGCCAUUUGUCACAUCCGCAUACCUUCAAUCGACCCACGCCCACGUUGCCCGGAGACCAAUGGGAGCCAGGAUGCCGUCGCCACCACCAACACUGCCUGCGAACCCUAUAUCCAAUUUCGAUGCAUCGCAGAAGAGCCCCAGCAAGACAAGGCGAAACCUCCUGAACCCCAUGUCACUACUGGCUCGCCGCAGGACGGCGCAGCCUGUGCCACAGCUCCUAGCGGUCCCGACGGGGAACUUUCCAACCCAACUCAGUCCAUCAGACUAUGAUCCCCGAAUCCGCGGGACGAAGGUUCACGAUUUCAGCGCACCGAGGCCGAGGCCCACCGUGUCGCAUGGAAAGCCUGCUGAAGCGAAGACUGGACAGCUUCAGGUUGAUGUCAAAAAGGAUAAGACGCCUGAAGAUGGAGAGUGGAGCCCUCAUACGCCCGCCUUCCAAGAGGAUUUUGAGGAAGAACAGCAUCCGGCUGCUGGACCCCAUGUUCGAAAGGCAAAUGAUUUUUCUGACCUGGCGAUGCCGCCCCGGCCGGCUUAUGCUAGAGAAGCACAGUCGUCCAAAGCAAACACCCCAGAUACGAGCGCCGCCAAACCUGCUACCCCAGAAACCGAAAUAGCACAAAAUAAACCCAAGGAAAACCUCCCGACAGUUGGCCCAUCUGGCAGUUGCGACACAGGGCUACUUGAGGACGAAGACACCCAAACCGUCAGGCAGGCCUCGAUCAGCAGCCGCCGCAAACAUUCCAAAUAUUCAUCGUCAUCUUUGUCUUCACAACGCCAGCUACGAAAUGCAUCUCUCAUUUCGAACCGAGACAGCUCAUCGACCAUGAAGCAUAUGAAGAGCAACUCGUCUAGAUUCAGCUUCGAUAUGAUAGGAGCGGCUAGCCAGGAAAAGCUGCUAGAGGACAGGCAUAGAGAAAAGGCAUUGAGGAAGCAGAGCGAGACUCCAGAACCAGAUAUUGGAGUGUUUGGCGAGGAAGAGGAUUACGAUUAUGAAAAUAUGAUGGACGAUGAUGGAUUGGAAGAACGGAUUCCCGGCGUCAAUGCUGAUAUGGACGACGAUUAUGAUGACGAUGACGAUAUGUUCGGGCAGCGGUGUGGUAUUGGUGGGUUUACUUUACCGUCGACAGGCCUAAUUGGAUCACUGGACCCUAAUAAAGAUUACACACCGGGAGACUUGGAUGAAAACCGAAUCGGCCGUGGGAUGUCGAGAGAGCCCGAAGCCGAAGCACAUGGAACUCUACAAGAAGCAAAUGGGAUUUCUUAUGAGGACGCCGGCAUCUCCCCAAAUAUAGCGCAGAGUCGGGAACUUAGUGGCCUGGGGCUCGAAGGCCUCGGGCUCGACCAAGAUCCUGUGCCCGUCACCGAGCCUCUCGUUCCUUAUCGUCAAUCUCAGAUUAUCGCUCCGAGGAAAGUCCUGGACGAAGACGAUAUGUACUUCGAUGACGGCAUGAUUGACCACAACGAUUAUGACCCAGAGGGCCCGGAAUUAGAUGAAUCUAUUUUCGAUAAUGAUGAUACUGAUCAAUAUGGCCGGCCCCUGGCCCCAUUAUCUUCUCUUCCCACUUUAUACUCGCCGCCUCUCAUCCACACGAUAACGGACUCACUGAAUCUCAGUAAGAGAGAAAGUGCAGACUCUCAAAACCAGACAGCACAGCAAGACCAAUUUCCAGUGGAGCCGUUAACAGUGCUUUCCGAUACCCAACCUCAGGCUGACAGCCCGAAACAGUUGCAGCCAGCUCCGAUGAGUUUGACACAAGAUACUCUCAGCGCAUAUCAAUCGGCAUUGGCUGCCGCAGCAUAUGCCGCAGCUGCAAGCGGCAGAUUUCGUCGGGAUAGCACACCAAGAGGCAAUAUUGGUGACGAGUAUGAGGGCGACCCCAACGAAGCCAACCCCUACUCACCUAGCAUAGAAGAUGACUUUGACUACGACGACGCCUUCGAAGACGACCCCAUCAUUGCUGAGGCCAACGCCGAAGCCCUAGCCUUCGACGAUGACGGCUUCUACAGUCAAGAAUUUGGCUUCUACUCUGCACCCGCCAGCACCGAAGCCCUCUACGCCAAUGGCAGCUUCUUCGGACCCCGUGGAGCUGAAGGGAUUAUCAGGAGCCAGAGCGGACGUGUGCGCGAGCCGAAUCUCACGCCUAUUACCGAGCGCAGCGAGUACUCGAAUCGCAACUCUAUGAUGAGCUUGCCGCAGCUGGCGAGCAACAUGAGCCACGGCUCUGCAUCGCUGACUAGCCCGGGUCUUGCGCAGCUUGCGGGGCUCUUGAGUGAUCAGGAGGACGAGAAUAUGACGUUGAGCGCGCUGCUCAAGCUCCGGCGCGGGCAAUGGGGGGGAAGCCAGUCGUCGCUACUUGCCAGUGGGGGAGGGAGCCCGUCGAUGGCGAGCCCAGGGGAUGAUCAUAGUGGUGGGAGCCGUACGGGGCAUUUAGGGCAGUGGCAGCAGAACCAGAUGGGCUGUAGUCCUUCAGGGCAGCUGGCGCCAUGA